GAAAAGGUAUUCCCCUUGUAGUGUUGAGCAUCGCACACUUGUCGGUGUGAGGUUAUAUAAUUCACCCAUGUGCGCGAAGUGUGUGUAUGUAUGUAGGUGAUCGAUCAUUUUCGCGCGUUUGAUCUGCUUGUGAAGUAGCGCGGUUCCCGAUGUUUCGACACUGUAUGUUGUUGCCUGAGGAACUGAAUUUCCAACGCUAAUGAGAUUAAACCUAUCUUGAAUUCUUUGCAUGAAUUAUUUCCCACCUCAAUAUCCGAUGACUACACCUUUGAAUUGUCGGUGAGUCGGAUUGUUGGAAGUGAUAGUCAUUCGGUGAAAGAAUGAUGCAGAAAACAGUGGAAACAGUGGGCUCGCAGGGAGCAGAUACAAUGUUUGCAGACUUGCUCGAAAAACGACGAGUAUCAAGCGAUGUUAUGUGGAUGUUCCGCUCGCUUCAUCCUGUUUUUCCCCAUAAGUUGCCCAGUGCUCUGCGAUACUCCAGAGAGCAAACUAUCAAAGCAAUCCUGGACAGUCCCAGGAUAGUUUUAUUGAUUCAAGCUCUAGCCAGUGACAGGAAAGUUCCUGUUUCCGUUGUGAAAAAUGAGGCUCGUGAAAUGUUGGAAGAAAUGGCAGGCGCGCCACAAUUGUCAGCGAUCAGGUGUCUAGGUAUCUUAGUGACGAAAGGCUUAAAGAGGAUACUCAAGAGUGUUCGAGUAAAUCAGACUUUUCUGUUGGAUCUUAAAGAAAAAAUGCGUAACGACUCGGUGCAGUACGUUUACGUACCAACUCACAGAAGUUAUUUAGACUUUAUAUUAUGGUCGUACGUACUUUUCUCUAACGAUAUGGCUAUACCAAACAUAGCUAGUGGGAUGGACUUUUAUCGAAUGCAAGUCGUUGGUGAAUUGUUGCGUAAAACAGGAGCGUUUUACAUGCGCCGCAGUUUUGCCACCGACCAAUUAUACAAGGAAGUAUUUAAAGCAUAUAUAUCAUCCAUCGUGAUACAUAGCGAAAGGGCGAUAGAAUUUUUUAUUGAGGGUACGCGUAGCAGGAGUCAGAAAAGUCUGGCACCAAAAUAUGGUUUGCUCGGGAUGAUUUUAGAUGCUUUGUGGAAGGCGGAAGUGCCCGAUAUUAAAUUUGUUCCAGUGAGUAUUACGUACGAUCGUCCAUUGGAAGAGCUAUUAUUUGCGUACGAAUUAUUGGGAGUUCCCAAACCACCAGAAUCCACGACAGGACUUUUUAAAUCGUUGUCAGUUUUGCAAGAACCUUGUGCCUAUGGAAAUGCAUACAUUAAUGUAGCACCGCCUAUUUCAGCACGUCAAUUUCUUGACGUUGAUUCCCUUAGGAAAAGUGCUUUAUCCCCGUAUUCUAAACCGUCAACUGAAGUCGUCACUGGAUUGGCAUAUUCAAUUAUUGACAGUCAGAAACGUCACACCCCGCUUUCACCGUUCAAUCUUAUAGCUUUGCUGUUUAAUGAAAGGGUACACUCUCAUCCUAGAAAGCCUUAUAUUCUUGAAACUUUAUUAGCUGAUUAUCGUUGGCUCAAAGACAUCUUUACUCAUGCAAUAAAGGCUCUAGUUCAUCCUGGAGGGAACAAACCUGGAAGCGAUGUGAAUGACGACGAUGUGAAAAUUGAAGUAUUAGAUUCUCUGUUUACACAUCGCGAGCUGCUUAAAUUUGAUUCAUGUGGUGAAUUAAUGCUGAUGGAAAGACACAGAGAAUCCCAAGCCUGCGAUCCAAGAAAAGUAAAAGGCCAUGUGUUGACUGAGAAAACUAUGCGUUUAGCUGUGCCAGCAAUUAAUAUGGCAACUUACGUGAAUCCCUCGAUGGCAUUCCUGGCUAAGCCAGCUUUAGUAGCAGUAUCUAUUGUCAAAUUUGGUACUAGUAAAGAGUCAUCGUUUGCAAGGUAUACAAUUCUCAGAGAAUUGCUUUGUACCGAGUUUGCACUUGCUUCUGAAAAACCUAUAGCUAUGGCAGAGUGGGAGGAAGGAUUAUCAUUCCUAAUAGCUGAGGAUUGCGUACGGCUUGAGAACAAUUCUUUGGUGACGGGCAAUAACAAUAAACUUUUCUCUCUCCUACGAAAUCUCUUGUUGCCUUUCCUCGCUGCUUCUUAUGUCACGUGCACUGUACUCCAUCAGUGGAACGAUGAAAUCGGUGAAGCUAAAGAAUGCUACAUAUUGAAAAACACACAAAAACAAACAGAGCUGUUAUUAUUCGAGGGUCAAGGAAUAUUUAGAUUCCCUUAUUCUUUAUCUCUCGACCUUUAUACUUCUACACUUGUUAGCCUUGUUUCGAUGGGCAUUAUAAAGUCAUCUGGAAGACCGCCACACACAGCUUACUCCCCUGACAAAAUACGUAUAAGUGCAUUAAUUUCAGAAUUAGAUAAUUUGAAGUUACUCAGUCCUCCAGGAUCGUACCUUGAUAUCAGAAUGUUGCCAGCCGCACGUGCUUCCUCUGUCCCUCAAUCAAAGUUAUGAUUUGGCUUUGUUCGCAGCAUCGCAGUUUUAUCAAUUUUAAGAAUGAGAAUUCUUGAUUAUUGUUUGAAUGCGAAGAAUAGUUCUUGAAAUAAGGUCAACAAUUUUUUUCAUUUCUGUAUUAUAUCUAUUAUUAUUAUAUAUUUUAUUUAUUAAGGCCCUCUCACCGUCAGUCUAAAUCAUACUAUCUGUUAUCCUAGCAAACAUCAAUUUGAAAACGUCAUUUGUUUGUGAAGUUGAAGCAAUUGAACAAAGGUUAUUUUUGCUCUCCUUUGGAUUAAUAGGUGGAAAAUAUAAAGAAACAUUGUUCGCAAGGUAAGACGGAUAAAUAAGCAGACGUUACAAGUUCAUUCUAUCAAUAUUAUUCUUUUGUGGAAGUUUCUACAUUUAUGUAAUUCAAAUAAUCAGUCGCAGCCAAGGUGACAGCUAUUACUUGCGAAUGAAAAAUCGAACUUGUUACAUAAUAUUGUUUGACCUGGAAAGUCAAAAUGAAAAUCCCCAAUCGAUUGAACUGUCAUUAACGUGUAAUUUCUUAAUAUAUUCAUAUAAUGUGUAUCAGGUAUGGCGCGUAAUUUUCGAAGAGCUCAAAUGUGAAAGUAUGUACGUGAAAAACAGUGCAAGUAAAAGACGAGAACUUUGAACAGAAGACGAAACAUUACCAAACUUCGUUCGACGUUUUUUUUUUCAAACGACACUAUACCAAUUGAAAUGUAUUAAAGUUUACAUCUCGAUGUAGCAAUCAAACAUUAAUGAAUUUCCUUGAAUUACGUUUCAUCAUGGAUUCACAUGAUUCAAAUUAUAUUUGAGUUAGCAAUCGUAUAUUAAUAUUAAUCUGUCAUUAACGUCCGUAACGAGUAACAAAAACUUUCCAAUCGAUAUUAGAAAUAACGUUUACAAUAUGUGCUUAAUUCGAAUUUGGGCUCUUUGUUCUAUUCACAUCCUGGAUUACAUAAUAGCGAGUUAGUAUUUACCAGUUUAAUGGUGCCAUAUAAUAACGAAUGAAGUUGAGCCUGAUGAUUCAGUGAAAAACGCGUAGUAUUACCUACCAUAUCUAUUAUAUGUAUAUCGGGCAUUCCACAUCAAACCAACGGAUCAUGGACCUUACCCCCUCAGAUUUUGAUGUCCAAUAGAUUUUUUUGGCUUUUUUCGGUCAAAAAUUGAUACCUCUAAUUUUUCGAAAUUUUUCCGCUAAUUUGGAAAAGUGUCGCGAAUCAAAAUAUCCUUUAUGCGACGAUGGACAUUUUUAAAAUCGAUGAAAUUUUUUUGUAAAAUCAGGUAUUUCAAAACACAUCUUUUCGUCAUGACUCAAAAAUGGGAUGAAAAUGCUGAAUAUUUUUUUUUGGCAUCGAAAUUUUUGGGAUUUCCUGAUCUCCCGAUGAAAAAUUAUACACUUUUUACUGAAAAUAUUGAUGUCAUUUAUAUGUAUAUACUAUUUGCUAUUUUUUUUUAGUAGCAUUUAGUCCAAUAUUACAAAUUUUAGGUAAGUUAGGCUACCCACGUUUCGAGUUUUUCAAAAAUGUCUGGUUUCCCACAGAUCUCAGGGCUUACGAAGAUUUCGGGUUCCCCAACAAUUUCGGGAUUGCCAAAAAACUCGAUCCGAUACAAACCCGUCCCGAACCCAAACCUUGCUUCACAAGCUUUCGGGAACUCGCACCUCCGCAAUAUGUAUACAUACGUAUACGUAUAUGGUGUUUCUUCGCAGUCUUGCUAAAUCGUAUAAGGUGAUUCGCAAAUUUUCAUGAAUUUAAGAGACUGAUUUUUUCACAGAAUAUUAUUAAAUGGCACAUACUAAUUCGUAUUAGAUGUUUAAAGUAUUGCUCUUUCCUUCGUGGCAUCGAAGAUGGUAUACGAAUGGAUUCAAAUUACUGAUGGCAUUUGUAUUGUUUAUAUCUAUAGCAGUGAUUUUUUUCAUUAUAUAUAAUGUAUUUGUGUGUGCCAAUGUAUUACAAACCUUAGUAUUACGCUAUGAAACACAUCUACACGUACGAGGUUCACGAAAACUUAACUAAAGUUCCAUAUCUAACCGGAUAUGCCUUCGUCGUGUAGUAGAGGAAUAAUCAAAAAUAUAACAGUAAUCGGUAGUGAAGAAAUCAAAUUCAUGUGUUUGUCACGUUCAUUCAUAAGUUCAAGCGCGUAUAAAUUCUUAUAUUAAUCUGGAACAUAAGGUGAAAAGUAAAAGAAUAACUGUUUGUAUAACAUGACUGAAAUAUAAAUAAUAACAAAAAUAAUAAUAAAAAAAUAACGGUUAUAAUAAUUAUAACGAUUAUUUUGUUCAGUUGAAGA